GGCACGGACGAGAAGGCCUGGAAGCAGGGCAAGCGCAAGGCGGAGCGCGACGAGAUGGUGGGCGCCAACUUCUUCCUGACGCUCAGCACGCCGCCCGCCGCCGCGCUCGACCUGCAGGAGGUGGAGAGCCGCAUCGACGGCUUCAAGAGCUUCACCAAGAAGAUGGACGACAGCGCGCUGCAGCUCAACCACACGGCCACCGAGUUCGCGCGCAAGCAGGUGACGGGCUUCCGCAAGGAGUAC